UGUUUCCUGUCGUCGUGUUGUUUCCUGUCGUCGUGUUGUUUCCUGUCGUCGUGUUUCCUGUCGUCGUGUUGUUUCCUGUCGUCGUGUUGUUUCCUGUCGUCGUGUUGUUUCCUGUCGUCG